CUCUGCGCGGGCGCGAGCACGUCGCCUCCCUCUGCGUGCGGGCACGAGCACGCCGCCGUCCCCGUCGUGGUGAGCGCCAUUGCUCAGGCUGGUUCUGGGGGCGGGGCCGUGAGGGCAAAGUACCCCAAGCUACUGAGGGUGCUAGAGAGAAAUGUUGUCAAUCUCAGGUCCAUAAAAACUUGCAAGUUGCUGUUUCUGCGUUGUAGUGAAGUGAGACUGCUCCCAGAGAGGACAUGGCCGCCUCGUCGUCGUCGUCCUCGGCUGGCGGGGUCAGCGGAAGUUCUGUCGCUGGAUCUGGUUUCAGUGUCUCAGACCUCGCCCCACCACGGAAAGCCCUCUUCACUUACCCUAAAGGAGCUGGCGAGAUGUUGGAAGAUAGCUCUGAGAGAUUUCUGUGUGAAUCCGUGUUCAGCUAUCAGGUGGCAUCCACACUUAAGCAGGUGAAACAUGAUCAGCAGGUGGCUCGCAUGGAAAAACUCGCUGGUUUGGUAGAAGAGCUGGAGGCUGACGAGUGGCGCUUCAAACCCAUCGAGCAGCUGCUGGGGUUCACACCAUCCACAGGUUAAUGUAGCUGAUGCGCAGCGGAGCCAGAGCCAGCAGGAACUUUGUUCCGGCCGCCACAGCCACACAAGACACUUGCAGCUAUGUCGCUGAUCCAUUGACUGUCAUCCAUACUUGGUUUCCCUCUGUCUGUCCAUGGACAACAAAUACUUAAAUGUGUGGUCUUGCAGGGGAAACGUCUGUUUAUUUAUUUUACAAGGUACUGAGAGAGUAAGACAGCUUCAGAAAAGCAGAAGUUUUGGGUUUAAGAAAAAUUUUCACAAGCCAAGUAGGACACAUGCCAGAAAUGACCAACUGAGUGGCAUGUAGGCUGUCAUUUGUACGGUGCCUGGAAGUCUUCACCAGUCAAGUCCAUGGUCAGGAGCUGUGGGUUCACGCUAUCUCUGACCUAAAACAGUUCUGGCCUAGAUGAAUGUGAUUUCAGCUUAGGACGUGUCCAACUAAGAUUUUUUAAGUGUUCUUUUUUUCCUCCUACUUUUAGACAUCUAAUCCUAUAGAAUCUGACUUUUUCUAACCUCUUCUACACAUGCCAGUUGCUGGCUAGAGGAAUUGCUUUUUGAACAUUGUAGCACUUACAAAAAUAAACCAGAGAACAAAUCCCUUUAGACACAGAAAUAGAGUUUCUCAUUGGUAGAGGCAGGCAAUUCUUUAGCAAAUAAAUCCUUUUGAAAGAGCUCCA